GAGACGUCAAGAUGCCCCGAGGAACGAAACACAGACGUUACAUUGACUUAUCGGAGGGAAGUCAGUGCGUUGCGUACCGGGACGCUUGUGUGAGAGAACUUUGGAUAACAGGAGAGAUCCCGCGGUCCGAAAUAGCAGCACCUCGCGCCUCGGGAAUGGCUCUCGGAACUGUGAAGUGAACUAGAAACGAUUUUGAGGUGAAAGAGGCAAAAGGGACUGACUGGUCGUGACUCGAGGAGACAGAAAGCAUGAAAAACCGAGCCGAGGAGGCGGUCAAGCGCCCGAACUCCUGCGAUGAGUUCCGGAGGCACAAACACCCGAAAAUCGACUUCGAGGAGCCCAUGGACACUUACGACGGCGUCAGGUUAGACGCGGCGGACGCGUCGCCCCUGGAGAGGUACUCCCCGGUGGACCUGUCGGGCGAGGGCCCGAAGGUCACGACCACCGUCUCCGACCUGUCGGGAAGCGGCCUUCCCCGCCCCGUGCUGAAAAUUCCGUCGACCAUGAAGUGCUUGGCCACCUUCGACCUGCCGGGGAAGGCGGACCUGCACCAGCUCCUCACCAGUAACCUCGCCCAACACCUGGCGGUGCAGAACGAGAAACUCAAGACCAACCUCCUCUUCAGCCACCCGCACCACCCGGCGCAUCGCGGCCCCUCGUUCAUGGGCCCCAACGCCCACGCGAGGGAAGUGAUUCCCGGCGGCGGCGCCCUGGACCUCAAAGACCGCAUAGCGCCGAGGGAAAGAAGGGAAGAGCCUCCUGACGAAGGCCCGUCGGUCGGGGACGAGCGGGGGGAGCCCGAAGGGGGAGAGAAGAGGGUCCAGGUCGAGAGUGACGGGGAGCGAGAUAGGGACAAAGAAGAAGGAAGGAAUGACCGAGACGACGACGAAGAGGGCGAGAGGGAGGGCGCGGACGGCAAUACGGCGCCCCGGGUCACGCCCUUCUCCGUCAUGGAUAUACUGGAUCCCAACAAAUUCAACGGGAGGACCAACGACGAUGACCUCCAAGAUUCCUCAUCGGACCGACAAGAAGAGGAAGAGGAUAAUGCUUACAUAUCAGUGUGCUCGGAUUCGGGAGACGAGGGCGACAGCCACAGCGGUUCCAAAGACGACGGCGACGGAGGGCGCAUGCGCGGCUCGGGCGGCGGCUCUGGCAGCGGGUCCGGCGGCGGCGGCGGGGGCGGCAAGCCCCGCAGGGCGCGAACGGCCUUCACCUACGAGCAGCUCGUCCUUGAGAACAAAUUCAAGCAGACGCGUUACCUGAGCGUGUGCGAGCGGCUGAACCUGGCUCUGGCGCUCAACCUGACGGAGACGCAGGUCAAGAUCUGGUUCCAGAAUCGACGCACCAAGUGGAAGAAGCAGAACCCCGGAUGUGACGUGAACACCCCAACCCAGCCCCCCAGCCCGCCGAUUUCGGCUUUUCCUGGGGGCAUGUUGCCACCCCCUCCGCCUCCUCUGCUCUGUCCAGCUCCUCUUUCUUACCGCGGACCUCUUCCUCCUCACACGCCUCUUGCUGCGCUCUAUCUGCAUCAUCUGGCCCGCUGAUAAGAGGAGAAACUUCUCUCUCUCUCUCUCUCUCUCCCACACACACAAAUGCAUCAUACUUAUCAUGUGCCAUUCCAUACGAUGACCGUAAUACACAUCCCAUAGUGUAAGUCUGUGUACGUUGAUUUACUCAUAAUUUAAUAUCUUGUUUAUAUACUUGCAACCAUCUAUUUUUUUCCCAAAAAUUUUUUCAUAACGAUUGACAAUAGCAUUCUCAUUUCCGUAAGGAGACAAAUGACCCCCCUCUCUCUCUCUCUCUCUCUCUCUCUCUCUCUCUCUCUCUCUCUCUCUCUCUCUCUCUCGCCGUUGAACUGUUGAACGAAAGGUUUGCCAUGACAAUUCCUCAUUCCAAAACUGAUCUAACGAACACUCACCAAUAUAUCUACUUUAUGUUCUUCUUUCCUUUCUUGAAGAUUCCCCAUUUCUCUCACUCGUGGCUUUUCUAUUUCAUAUCUUCAUGCCUUCAUACAGGUUGCUAAAACUUGUAAUUUCAUAUUUCGAAAUAGUUCGUCAUUCAUUCCACUGGAUUCUAUAUGAACCUUUUAUUUGAAUACACAGAGAUUGUUAAGCAUGCUUAAACAAAAACACGUAGCCAUAUUGAGAGAGAGAGAGAGAGAGAGAGAGAGAAGGAGAGAGAGAGAGAGAGAGAUUUCUCCAGUGGUGGGUAUUGGAGCCAGGAUUUCAUACCCCAGCACACGAAAGCCCCAAAACAUCACAUCAGCAUAUCAUCAGAAAACAGAGUGUGGAUUUCACUUGUACAUAUCACUGUAUCAAAUGGUUCCUAUAUCUAUGUAAGAUGUACAGCAAUGCUAUGAUAUAUCUUUCUCUUGAUAUGUAAGGACAACACAGAUAAUAUAUUGUUUUUUUUUUUUUUUGUAUAUAGAAUGUACAGCGUACCUUUUAAGAGUAAAUCAUUUGA